CCAAGCUGACGCUCAUGUGAGGUCCUCCUGGAAGUGAGGUCAGAUGGUCCUGAAGACUGAGCAGGCAGCCGGCAGCCUGGGAUCCACUGAGAAGAAAGAAGACGAAGACAUGAAGAGGAAGAGGGUGCAGCUGCGAGAACGCCUCAGUGUCCGGGACCGUCCUCAUGGCCUAGUUGGUUUACACAAUAUUGGACGGACAUGCUGCCUUAAUACCCUGAUUCAAGUACUCAUUAUGAACAUGCGUUUCACCAAGAUAUUGAAGAGGAUAACAGUGCCACGGGAAGCAGAAGAACAAAAGCGGAGUGUCCCCGUCCAGCUGCUCUUGCUGAUGGAGAAGAUGCAGGACAGCAGGCAGAAAGCCGUGCGGCCCAUGGAACUGGCCUACUGUCUCCAUAAGCGUGACGUGCUGUUGUCUGUCCAGCAUGAUGCUGCUGAACUCUACCUUACAGUCUUGAACCUAAUUAAGGAGCAAAUCACGGAUGCAGACCUGGUGGAAAGGCUGCAGAGUCUGUACAGGAUCCGGAUGAAGGAGUCCCUGGUUUGCCUUGAGUGUGGCCUGGCAAGCAGCCAGUACAGUAACAGGCUCACCCUACCCCUUUCUCUUUUCGAUUUGGACUCAAAGCCUCUGAAAACACUGGAGGAUGCCCUGCGCUGUUUUUUCCAGCCCAAGAAGUUAGCAGGUGAAAGCAAGUGCUUCUGUGAGAACUGUGGAAGGAAGACCUUUAGGAAACAGGUCUUCAAGUUGUCCCAUCUGCCUGAGACCUUGACAAUCCACCUUCUGCGGUUCUCCAACAAAAAUUCAAAGACAGAAAAAGUCUGCCAUUCACUGUAUUUCCCCCAGAGCUUGGAUUUAAAUCAGGUCCUUCUGGAUGAGCAAGAUCUCUGUGAUGUGGAGGAACAGCCCCAGGGACAGUAUGAACUCUUUGCUGUGAUCGCCCACGUGGGAAUGGCUGACUUUGGUCAUUACUGCGCCUAUAUUCGGAAUUCUGCGGAUGGGGAAUGGUUCUGCUUCAACGACUCCAAUGUUUGUUGGGUAUCCUGGGAAGACAUCCGUUGUACCUAUGGAAAUCAGUACUACCGCUGGCAAGAAACUGCAUAUAUUCUGGUUUAUAUGAAGAACGAAUCCUAAUGGCUAUACCUUCAACCUUCAGAGACUCAAAGUAUAGAUGUCUUUACUAUUCCUGUAUAUGAUGACUCUUUUAAGCAAUUUUGCAUCGAGAAGAAGCACCCAUUUCAAAUUCAUAAUAACAAUGGUCUAUGAUUUGCUUAUGAAAAAGAAGGAAAUCUUGUUUUUCUUUUGUGACAACAUGGAUAAACCUGGAGAACAUAAUGCUAAGAGAUAUACAUCAGACAGGAAAAUACUAUCUGAACUCACUUAUUUGUUCAAUCAAAAAAUGCUGAACUUAUAGAGAGCAGAAUGGCACUUAUCAGCGGCUGGAUGGUGUUGAGAACAUGGUCAAAGGGUGCAAACUAUCAUUAUGAGAUAAAUAGCAUGCGGCUCUCAUGAAUAGUACUGUAUUUGUGCACUUGAAUUUUGCUAAGGGAGUAGAUCCUAAAUAUUCAUACCACAUGGAGAAAAAAGGAACUACUUGAAGUGCUGGAUGUGUUAACUGACUUAGUUAAGGUGAACAUUUCACAAUGUAUAUGUGUAUAAAAUCAUCACUCUGUGUACUUUUCAUAUAAAUACAAUUUCAUUGUCAUUUAUUCCUCAGUGUUUGCUAGAAAAAAUGACUUAUUAC